AUGAGGAAUGGUAUUUAUUUCUCCACUUUAAUUUCAGAGGAAGAAACUGGUUCAAGCCCUGUUGCAGCGCAGGAUUCUGAUAAUGAAUCACUGAAAUCCGUUGCAUCAAGGACCUCACGAGCAUCUCGGGCCUCAAGGGCAUCUGCAUCUUCUAGGGCAUCACGUAGAUCAAGUGUCAGCAGUGCUGGAAACAUGAGUGAGGAUGAAGGUGACAGAAGGUCAGGUGGUGGGAGUGAUGUUGAAGUUGAGGAGAGGCGGUCAGUCAUGGAUAGUGAUGAUGAAGAGGCACAACCUCAGAAAACAAAUUCUAAGUCUCCUCAGAGUUCUCCUGCACCUGGUGAUGAACAGAAAGAGAAAGUAUCAGAAGAAGUGUUUGGUGCUUCAGAUUCUGAGCCAGAGGCAGGUGGAAGUAAGUCAGGUAGUAGACGUGGCAGUCGCUCAAGAAGCAAAUCUGGAAGCAGAGCUGGCAGUGGGUCAAGAAGCAGGUCGAGGAGCAAGUCUGGAAGCCGGGCAGGGAGUGGCUCUCGUAGCAGAUCUCGUUCCCGUAGCAAAUCUGGAAGUAGAGCAGGUAGCAGAUCCCGCAGCAGGUCACGGUCACGGAGUAAGUCUGGCAGUCGAGCAGGUAGCGGUUCACGUAGUCGUUCUCGAUCUCGUGGUAAAUCAGGAAGUCGAUCUCGAUCUAGAAGCAAAUCUGGAAGCAGAUCUAGAUCCCACAGUAAAUCUGGAAGCAGAUCUCACUCCAGAAGCAAAUCUAGGAGUAAAUCUGGAAGCAGAUCACGUUCCCGAAGCAAAUCUGGGAGCAAAUCCCGUUCAAGAAGCAAAUCUGGGAGCAAAUCCCGUUCAAGAAGCAAAUCUGGAAGCAGAUCUCGUUCACGAAGUAAAUCUGGAAGUAGAUCCCAUUCACGAAGCAAAUCUGGAAGCAGAUCCCGUUCACGUAGCAAAUCUGGAAGUAGAUCCCGUUCAAGAAGCAAAUCUGGAAGUAGAUCAGGCUCUGGAAGUAGAUUUCGUUCGAGAAGUAAAUCUGGAAGCAGAUCUCGCUCAAGAAGCAAGUCUGGGAGCAGGUCCCAUUCUAGAAGCAGGUCACGAUCAAGAAGUAAAUCAGGAAGUAGAUCACAAUCUGGAAACAGAUCUGGGAGUGGUUCUCGAUCUCGCAGUAGAUCAGGGAGCCGAGCAAGAUCUCGCUCUGGAUCCGGGAGUGGUUCAGAUAGAGGCAAUUCUUCCAGGAAACGCAAGAUGAUGUCUGAUUCAGAUGGGCAAGGAUCAGGUGUAUUAAAGCGUAAAAAGGUCAAACGUAAGAAGAGGCCUAGUGGCAGUGGGUCUGGAGGUAUCAGUGAUUCUGAUGACGAGGCUCCUCGCACUAAUAAGAAAGCCAAGAAACGUAAAAAGAGGUCUGUGCUCAGUGGGAGUGACAGCGAUUCUGGUCCAGAGAGAAGCAAAAAUAAGAAGUCCAAAGGGAGCGACAGUGAAGUUGGUUCAGACAAGGAAGCAAGCAGACCAGGCAGUGCAGCAGGAGAAGAAAAUUUGGGAACUGAAAUUGCAGAAGAAGGUUCAAGCAAAGUAGGUAUCAUUUACAUAUCAUUUAGUUUUGAAGCUUUGUGUUUGCACACCAUGAUGUCUCACAUACGAAAAAUAUGUACCCACCUUAUUAACAGUUAAAGAAAGUGAAAAGAG